AUGUCUGAAUAUAAGGGAAAAACCAUUGCGCUUAUUUCACAGGCUGAUCUUCGUUAUGUGGGAACAUUAGAGGAUAUUGAUGGCAGUAAAGGUACUAUUUCAUUGGCUAACGUUAGAUGCUUGGGAACAGAGGACAGAAUAUUGGAUCCUAGUAAAGUGAUCUAUCCUUCACCAGAAAUUUAUGAGCAUUUCCAGCUUACCGGAGACAGUGUCAAGAACUUGAACAUCUUGGAUAUCCCAGCGGACCAAGUCCAGGCUAUUCCUGUUCCUCAGAUGGCACCGUAUGCGCAGAUGGGAUUUGGCAUGCCUAUGUUUUCACCUGGCGCGGGGGCCGGUACGACGUCUCCUGCACCAGCACCAGCACCAGCCCGUGCACCAGCACCAGCCCCUUCUCCUGCACCAGCCCCUUCUCCUGCACCAGCACCUGCUCCUGCACCAGCACCAGCUCCUGCACCAGCCCGUGCACCUGCACCAGUUGCUCCUACUGUUCGGUCUACAGCUGCACCAGCUCGCCCCAAAACCAAACUCCCAGAAACUCACCAACCCAAACCCGAAGGCAUGGGAACCGACUUCGAUUUUGAUGCAAACAAUGCUAAAUUUCAGGAAAUCGAAAAGAAAGAUGAUAAAACCAACUCUGAAGAUAACGGCGAGUUCUACAACAAGAAAUCGUCCUUCUUUGAUAAUUUGUCCUCUUCCACUCAGGACUCAGAUCAGGACAAAAUAAGAUGGUCUGAAGAGAAGCAGAUGAACUUGGAUACAUUUGGUCAAACGUCUACAAGAAGAGGAGGUUAUCGGGGUCGUGGUGGCAACAGGGGACGUGGCGGAAGAGGAUAUACCGGUGGAAGAGGAUAUACUGGUGGAAGAGGAAGAGGAUACGGGAGAGGAGGGUACAAAAACCGCAGGAAUGAUUACAAUAACUACGAUGAGAACAGCAAUAGCAAUAGCAAUAGCAGGGACCAGAGUAAUAGCUACAACAACAGCAACAACAACGGUAAUGAAAAACCUGCACAAGAGUGGGCUUACUAG